AUGAAGAACACCGAUGACGACAAUUUCAAAAAACCGAGUAUUAAACGACGAGGAAAAGGCAUGCCACCAGCAGAGAUUGAACAAAUUGAACCAGUGAAUGAGAAAAUGAGACCUGAUAUUUGUGUACAUCUCAAAUCGAUCGACAGCUAUGCUAUUCUCAAAUGUCUCAAUUAUCAAAUGGUGAGUUAAUUAAAAAAAACUUAUUUUAAUAUUUGAUGAAAGAGAGACCACCCAGGAUGUCUGAAUAACGUAGACUGAAAUCGUGCUCUGUAUUUUUUAGAAGUGUGAGGUUUUUGGGCGAUGUCUAGAAAAGCUGGGUUGGUUAAAAACUUUCUCAAAAUAAACUGAAAAUAGAGAAAAUUCACUAGAUUGUUGGUUACAGAAGUAAAAAUCAAUAAUUUUUGAAUAGAAUUGAAGUGCAUUACUGGGGUUUUAUUUUCCAUUAACGUAUCACAGUAAUUUAUGACUCAAAUAAAUCUUUAAUUUAUUUUUCUAUUAUUUUCCCUGUUAAUGCACAAGAUUUGGAGCCCGGAAGAGGGCCAAUCUUUGAACUUUUAAUUAAAACACCUAUGUUCUUGAAGUAAGCAACUGUGUUUUCACAUAAUUUCUAAUCUAAGGCAUUUUUCUAAAUAGAAUUCUAGUGUUGUACUAUCAAUUUUUUACCAAAAUAUCUAGAUAAUUUCCCAAAAAUAUGUAUAAUUGUACUUUUUUCCAGUUGAGCUGUGUCACAUGUAUGUCGCCAGCGGUUUUCAUUUGCGCCGAAAGAAAAUGUGCCAACUCUGCAAAGAAUUGUUUUUGCGCAGACAAUGAACAUAUCAAACCUCACUUCAAACACUUUGGUCACCGAUUACUUAUUCACAUUCCUAAACAAAUUAUUGCUUGCUCCUCUUGCCGAAAAACAAUACAAAUCAAAGAUCUUCUUGAUAUGCGCGGAAAAACAGUGAGUUCAAAAAAUUUUGUAGUUUUCCUGUGGUAGAAAAUAUUCAUAAAACAUUUAAUGUAAGAUACCUAUAAAUAUUGUCAAAAAAGUUUUGAAUAACUUUGUGCAGAUGUGUUUCUUUCUUUUGUGAAGCUUCUCAUUAAAACAAACUUCUAUACAAAUGUUUCCUUUUAAAAAACCCGCUUUGUGCAUACUUUCUUUGGACAGCAGUAGUCCAGAUGUUAUUUAAAAUAAAACACACUAGUUCAUGUGUUGUUGCUACUGAACAAUAUUCAACAGUCCACAUGUUUGACUUAAAUUUCUGCGGAAUGAAAAAGAAGAUUCUGAAACCUCUCAAGGCAUUAAAUUGCUUUCAGUUAUCUAAACACGACGGAGCAUAUUCCUAUGAUAAAAAACUGUUCCCUAUCGGAACAACUGGUCUUCUAAACACUGGAAACACAUGUUAUGCAAAUGCUGCUCUACAAUUGUUGAUUCAUUGUGGCCCUUUUGGUUCUUUUUUCAGAGACUAUGUAAGUUUUUUCUCUUGAAAAAUUAAUUCAAAUUUAAUUAACUUAUAGAGUGCUUCAAGUGAUGUCAAGAUAGAAUCUCAAUUUUUGACGGAAUGUUUUGCUCGUUUGGUCAAAAUUGUAUAUAGUGAGAAUCGCUAUUCAUCAAUGGACCCAUGUGAUAUUCUUGAUGUGAGUUUUCUGUUUUCCCAACCAUCUCCUAAAAUAUCUUGAUUUGUUUCAGAUAAUCAGAGGAAAGACUCUGAACUUUCACCAAUAUCAACAACAUGAUUCGCAAGAAUUCAUGAAAGCCAUUAUUGAUACGAUUAGCGAGGAACUUCAACAAUCCACAUCUGCUGAAUCACAAUCAGUGAUUACUGACUUAUUCAAUGGGCAAAUGGAGAGUGUAAUCACAUGCUCAGAGUGUCACAAUAUUUCUGGAGUUUCUGAGCAGUUCACCGAUCUAUCAUUGUCUUUGAUCUACAAAUGUUUUGUGUAUGAUUCAAAAGAUAUGAAUGGAAAUGUAAGCUGGAAUUCAAUAAUGAAUAUUUUUAAAUUUUUAAAUUUAGGAAACAUCAAAAGACGGUGGAAAACUUGGAUCAGUUUUGGUAACUACGACUCGUGAAGUUGAUAUUGGCAAUUGUUUGGAGGAUUUUUUCCAAACUACGAAUUUGGAUGGUGAUAAUCAAUAUAGAUGUGAUCAGUGUGAAAAACAUGUUGAUGCUGUGAAAACGCUCAAACUCUCCCAACUUCCAAAUGUUUUGUGUGUUCACUUGAAACGUUUCAAACACGAUCAAGUCGGCAGUUCCAAGGUAUUCUUGAAAAUUUUUGUUAGUUAAGUGAAAUUCAAAUUUUUUUUCGCAGAUUGUAAGCCCCAUCAUUUUUCCAUCGGAAGGACUUGAUUUAUCAAACUAUUCAAGUGUUGGUGAUGUUAGUUAUAAUCUCACCGGUUUUAUCACUCACGAAGGUUCUGGAUCAGAUUGCGGACAUUAUAUUGCAUAUUGUUAUAAUCCGGAAACCAAGCAAUGGUUCGAAUAUGACGAUUCAAAUGUUCGUCGAGUUGAUGAUAUUGAAGCAGCCAAAAAACGGGCAUAUGUUCUACUUUUUAUCAAAAAAGAUUAUGAAAAUGCACAUAAAAGUGACUGGUUGACAAAGAAAUCCAAGUUGGAUGGUUUCUUGGAACCCAAGGUAAAACUUUUGAUAGUUGAAUUCAAAAUAAGUUUGUUGUUUUACAGUGCUAUGUUUCAAAGAACUGGUGGCUAGGAGUUCGUCGUGGAGAGUUUCAAAAAAUCAACAAUCGUGCAAUUUUAUGUGAACACGGGUUUUUGGAUGCUAGCAUCAUAAAUGUUGAAGACGAUGUUGUUGAAGUUUCCCAACCUUUCUUCGAGCACAUUCACGAAAUGUAAGUUUUCCAGAGAAAAAUUUAUAGGAAAAUUAAUUUAUUUUUUCAGUGCUGGAGGUGAUCCGAUGAUCAAAACUUUAGACAAAUGCAUUACAUGUCAUGCAGCACUUUUUAAUGAAGAAAUUAAACGAUUCAGAGACGGUGCAGAUCUGAACAAAACGGAUGAUUGGGUAGGGUUGAUCAAAAUUCAUUUUAACGAAUACCGAAAUUUCUUAAGAUUGAAUUUUGUCGAAGCAAUUUUGCCAAAGGAUUGUAUGAAACACAUUUGCCGGACACAAUCAUCAAUGUUAAUUGGUUGACAAGAUUAAAUGAAUAUUUAUUGGAUCCAAGAAAUCGUGAGUUUCAUUGAACAAGGAACUUGAGAAAAAUGGUCAUUUUUCAGCCCGCCCCGGUAAAAUUACCAAUGCAUUUAUGGAACGCUAUAUGGAAGAUAUUGAUGGUCAAAAAAGAAUAGUCAAAUCGAUUCCAAAUGUUAAAAGGAACACAGUAGAAGUGUAUUCCGCUUUGAGUGGAAAAUUUGGGAGCGAGAAAGAUGUUAGUGUUUUUUUUUUUGAGAAAAAAAACAAUCUAAAAAUGUUUUUUUGUUUCAGGUUUACUAUACAAAUGAGGUCCAACCGGAUGAAAAUGCUCUUUCGAAUGCCCAAGAAAAAGUAUCAACUAUUUUGAAAGAAUCGCUCGGAAGCCUCGAAAAACUGAUUCAAAAUCACGAAGAUUCGCCAGAUAAGCCAAAGAACAAAAAGUGA